AUGACAGAUCUGACGUCCCAAAAAUUCCCUAGUGACUGGGAAUUAGAACCAAGAUAUAACUUAAUAUACUAUGCGACAAAAAGCUGUAUGCAAAAGUGCAUUUGCUCCAAGGAGGAGCAAACCGAAAAGCGUGAACAAGGUUGUUCUAUCCAGUAUAAUUGGGAAUUUGAAAAUUAUUAUGAUAUUUGUAUAUUGAAGCAUCCGAAACUAUGUGAACUUUACAAUGAAUUUGCUCAAUAUCCGCUCAUAUCCAAAAACCAGAGAUAUAAGGAUAAUUGGGCGUCAACUAUGAAUUAUAAUGUCGAAGAGGUGUUGGUUGUUCGUGGCCCGUACUCAAAUGAUACACCUUAUUUUCAGGCAUUCACUAAAAUAACUUCUAUCGAACAAAGAUCUCUAUUGGAAAAGUAUGGAGGCCUAUCUGCGAUAAAGCAACUAAUUACUACGGAAUUAGCUAAAGAUAUUCAACAUUCACCAACUCCUCUAAUGCAUUAUGAUGAUACAAAUGAAAUUCAAUUCUCUUUUGUUGAGUGUACAUCUAUAAAAUGGUUACCGCCGGCAAUAAUUUUUAUUAAGUGUUCCAAGUACAGUAUCGAGCACUUAUCCUCUUAUGUUUGUUCCACCUAUAUGAACUUAAGGAAAAGAUAUCAACGGAUAGAUUAUGAAACGCUGCAACAUGCUUUGAAAAAGACUUAUUUACAAAUAGAAAGUUGCUUAGAAAUAAAACGUUAUAUCAAACCAGCUGGGAAAAUUGUGUAUGGUUUUUCUUCAAAAUGUUUCUUCCCAAAGGAUAUAGAUAAGAAAAAAGGGUUUCAUUUGCUGGGAUUAUCUCAAGAUGAUACAAUCAACAUGGUAUUACAAUGUGGAUAUUUUCCAUGUGGAGAGUUCCUCUGUGUCUCACCUAAUGCUAGUUUUGAAGAGACUCAAGAAGAGUAUAAUUAUAGAACUGAUGAUGAAGGACAUACACACGCCCAAUUACUUAAUUCCGAUGUUGCUAACAUUUCCAGUGUUUCACAAUAUUCGUCAACAAACCUGGACAUAUUAGUCCAGCCCAAACCAACAGAAGGAAUCUUGCGAAAAAGAAACAUUGGAUACCUUGAUUAG